GACAAUUCAGAUCCAUAUAAUUUAUUAGAGCAAGUUUCUAGUGAUCAAACCAAUAAUCAAGCAGAAAUUUAUGCUGUGAUUUAUACAAUUGAAACAUGUGAAAACAAAAUGAAACUAUUAGAAAUCAUGAUAAAUAGUAAAUAUGUUAUUAAUAUGAUAGAAAGUUGGAUAAAAAAAUGGGAACAAAAUGGUUGGAUUACUAAACUUAAAGAACCA